CAUUGGUCUAUAAAUAAUUCGAGUGAAUGUUUAAGGUUCACAUUGACGAAACCCCUAAUAAACCAACAUUUGAAAGACAUGUUUGUAUCCAAUAUCACAUCAACCUGGUUGUUUUAGUAUUGAUAUGCAUAUAAGUACAUGUAUUGUAUUUUAGGCAUGUGUUGUAGCUGAAACACCUUAUAUUAUAUGACGAAACAUUAUCCUAUUACGUCAAUAACACAAGUGCGAAGAUGAAUAACAAAACUUUUGUUCGCACGUUGUAAGGGAAGCAAUCCAGCUUUAGAUUAAGUGGUGCCACGCCUUGGAGUAGAAUUAAGAAUGAAUAUGAAGGUCAUUCUAGUGAGCGGACUGACAUUUGUAGUGUUGGUGUGUGCUGUUUUGACUCUGUUAUGGAAAGUAUCUAGACCAACAAUAACACCAAGAACAAACAAUAUGUGUUUAACGGAUAAGCUCGGAACACUUCAGUGUGGACCUUUAGAAAUAAAGAUUACGGAGUAUGUUGAAAGGGUUGUCCAGGAAAAACAAGAUGAAUUAGAAAAACACAGCCGCCUUGCAGAAAAUGAAGUUCGAAAUCAAAUGAUAUUUAUCAAACUUAUUGGAACAGAACUGCCAAAUAAAAACUAUGAUAAAAAAGAGGACGGGAUGACACUUAUAAGGGAAUGGCAACCUGACAAAGAUAUGCUUGAACAUGGAGAAUUUAGGUCUAACCACAUGUCGUACACAAAUGGACAUAUCACAGUUCCUUUGAAUGGUCGUUAUUUUGUGCAUUCAUUUAUUGAAUUUGUGGUACCACCUGACUUUUCAAACGGAGUGUUUAGUGCUACGGAUUUCAGAGUACAAAUCAAACACAGUAUAUUUCGUUCAUGCAAGCUAGAAAAAGAGGACACGGAGGUUAUGUCUAACAUUGAAACAUAUCUGGUAAUAGACAAUGAAAGCUUGUACGUGGGUGGAAGUCAAGUAUCUUCAUUAGUCAAAAUGGAGGCAGGAGACAAGCUUUCUAUAAGAUUAAGCAACAUGACAUUUUUCCACAACUCAAAAAAUAAUGAAUUUACUGUUAGAUUAGUUGAGUAUAUUUAGGAUAAGUCGAGUAUAUUUAGGGUAAUAAUAUAUUAAAUAAUGAAUUUCUGGUCAAGUUACUUUAUAGAAAAUAAUUUUCAUUACCUCCUUUUAUUUACAUGAAAUGUUAAAUUCGGUAAUAUCUUUAUAAAUAAUGCCUUUUGAAACUUACAAAAUUGAUAAAUCUUAAUUUGAGCAUCAUAUUUAUAAUAUAAAACCAUAAAAAUUUUGAGUUACAGGAUCUUUAAAAUUUAUCUGAAAAUACUAUAUUAGAUAUUAGAUAUUUUCAUCCCUACUGUGCUUUAAUAAUUUCAUAAAGGUUUUUUUAUUUAUUUGUUGUUGUUGUUGUUGUUUUUGGGAUUUUUGUUUUUGUUGUUGUUGUUGUUGUUUUGGUUUUGUUUGUUUUAUUUUUUUUAUUUUGUCGUUGUUGUUUGUUUUUUUUUCGUUAUGAAACCAAUAAUAAUUGUAAACAGUUUUUAUCGAUUGUCACAAAAGUGCUGUUUUCAAAUUAUCACCUUCCAACAUUAUGUUUAAUGUAUGAUUCUUUUAACUUUUCACUGAGUCAAAUUAUUAGAAAUAAACUGUAUAAAUAAGGGAGAACAAUCUGCAGCACAUAUGCACUACGGUAAUAUGUACUGUGGAGUUAUCCCUCUUCGUAACUGGUAAUUCUAUAAAGAAUGCCUAUAUACUGCUUUGUAUGGUAUUUUAACCUUUGCCUCAUGUGAAUGUAUUGAUGAUAGAUGAGAUUAAUAGAUGAGGUUAUGAUUAAGAAUAAAAUCUAAAAAUGUUAAAAGGUGUGAAAUAAAUGAAUACAUCACAUACUGUAAAUCACAUUCAAGUUUUAUAUACGCUAGCAUUUGUCAAAAUAAAAGAUAAAGUAUUACAUGUAUUUAAUGCUUUGAUAGUUUCCAUUUUACUUUACGCUCUUAAAUACCUUAUAUAUAGUUCAGUCACAGUUAUUAAGUAUUUUGUAUAAAAGUCAACUUACUAUUUUGUUACGUCUAUGGCAAAUGAUUUCACAUCAGAGUAAUACAUAUCUAACGUGCUCCAAAUCAAUUAUAACAAUAUAAUAAAACAUGCUUGCUCUUUCUUAAGGAUGAAGAAUAUAUUCAUUUCUGGGGCUUAAUGUGCUUUUUAUGUGAUGAUGUAUUUUAAUGUAAGACAUAUGAAUAUUCUUUUCUAUUCUUUGUCUUAUUCUUUCUUUAUUAAACAGUGUAAAAUAAUAAUUGUAUGAAAGAUAAACAUCUACACCAAUCAUUUUAUCUUAUCCUUACACAUAUCAAAUUAACAAAUUCUGACAUUAAAGAAAAUGCAAACGUAGUUAUUUGAGUUUGUUAAUGAUCAUGAAAUGUGUAUUAUCUAUGUUCCGUUUUACUGGCUAAAACAACAUAGAUCCUUACGUGUAAAAAUAUUGUUGUAAACGUAUUUUUGAAUAUUUUAAUAGGCUCAAUAGGGAGAACAUCAGAUUUACAAACCAGUGGCCUGUUGGAUCGAUUCUCGGGCGAGGCGAAAUUUCUCAAUGGCAAUAUAUCUCAUUGUUUUAAUGAUCAUUUGUUUCUCACUGCAGAUUUAUAAUCUGUCUCUUGUGGCGAAAUUGAUAAUUUCUGGUUAGACAUUCAGGAAACCCUGCUACGCUAGGUGAACCGUCCGCCAAGCUAUGACCAAAAAUGUCAUAAAUUCGGCGUACACAUCUGACAAACAAACAAUCUGUAUAACAGAAAAUAUCUAUUGACACGUGCUGCAUUGCCAAUAUGUCAUAAUUCAAAUAUAUUUGAAAUAUAUUUUAAAAAACCUUUAAACUAUCAAAAGACAAUUAUCAAAACAGUGUUUAUAUAUUAUAAGUUUAUUAACUAUAGUAAUAACAAAUGAAACCAAAAAACAAUCAAUUUUAUAUAAAUAUCAAAAUACUUUCAAAUGAAUAUUUUCAGUCUAUUACCUGUAUAUAAACUUUCAAAACGACAUAAAGGAGGACUAUGCUUCCAGAACUUUAUUACUGUAAACUUUUAUCCACAAUAACUUGUAAUGACAAGAGCCAUUUGAGCAAAAUAUUUUAAAAUAUUUACAAAGUAAAUAACAGGAACAGAUAUACAAUGUGUACGAUAUUGAAAAAUGAAAGAAGUCUAGCUUGUCAUACAAUUGUCAUAAAUCCUUCUUUUCAUACAACUUAUUAUUAAUUUAUACUAAUAUAAGACAAUAAAUAACACGGUGAGAUCAUAUUUGGACUAAAGAUUGGUCAGACGAACACAUAAAAAAGAAAUUCAAAACAUAAUGGUAAAAAAAAAUUGAAACAAAUGUAUUGCAGGUUCCCAUCAGGUAUACUAGUAUAUCACAGAUUCACAUAAAUUUAGCAGCUUCGCUCUUUCCUUUCCUGGCAUUAUCUCUCAAUAACACCUACACCUGCCUUGACCUAAGAUUAAUCACCACUGUCUUUACCUAAACGUUGUUUAAAGUAGCGGCACUUCUGUUUAAAAUGUAACAAUUUCAAUUAACCAUAUAAAUUACAAUGAUAUUAUUUCACUUGUUAGCUAUUACAUGAAUUAAAAAAAGGUGGUAUAUAUUUGUGUAUUUUUAAAAAUCACCCCUUAUACUCGUUAUGUAAAUUUGUACUGCAAAAACACAUUAUGUCUUCAUGCCAAAUUCUAUUCCAAUUGUAUCUAUCGUUUUACCUAUGACAAAUGUGAUAGAUAUGAAAUGGUUAUACAAUAGGAGUAGCUGUAUUUGCACCUUAUAUUUGACUCGA